UUUUGUCGAAUUGAUGCACUAUCAAGUUGGUCAUCUUUCCAUUCGCGAUUAGGCAAUGGAAAGAGGCCCAGUGGGUCUGGCUUCCCUGACUCGACUGCUACAUCUGGAAUGGGAUAAUGACGGAACAAGGCGUUGGUAGAUACCCAAUAUCUUCAUAGAUGAUUUACUUCUUCUGUUUUCUACUUCUUCUGUGUCGUGUCUUCUGCUUGGCUUCGUGUGGCCACCAGUACGUGAAAGGACAUAUUUCGGCCUGCUUUGUUGCAAGGGUUGAAUAAAGGAUGGGGAGGCUUGGUCUCGAUCACUCGUUAUUCUUCAAAUGUUCUAGUCGUUGGUGUGUUGCAUUACCGCCUUCAACUGUCAUAACCGUAUCCUUGCUCGAGAAUGAACUUUCAUUCCUGGCGGAUUGGUUUGAUGAAAUAACUUUUAUUGCCUUUUCGGUUCCAAUCUUUCUUCCUACUCUAAUCUUCGUAGUUGUCGUAUUUUUAAGCAGUUUUACAACAAUGUCUUCUAGGAAAGGGAGUACACGGUUGCUGUGUGGUAGAUUUAAGCUACUUACGAAUGUUGUUUUAGCGCAAGAGAGUACAAGAUUGGAAUGAUAGCUAGUCUAUGGAAGCAGGCAUUGCGCCGUA